UUUUUCCCUCUUUAGGCAUUCUUCUUUGAACUUAGUAUAUUCCCUUCUCUUCUCUCUUUCUACCAAAUAAACCACUAUAUCUAAUCUAAUUACAUACAUAUGUUUGUUUAAUGGAGUUGAUGUUAAUGUAAAUCUGAUAAGCCUUAGAUUUUGCUCCUGAAAAAUGUUAGUCAUCCGAUCUCACAAAUCUUGUGCUUCAAAUUUGGAUUUGAAUUCUGAUUUCUAUCGACUUGGGGUUUCUCAAUUUCGAAAAGGGUCUCUGAAUCUGAAAUUUCAGCGUUUAUUGAUCAACUUUAAUCAUCAUCAUCAUCUCCGAUUAAGCUCUCAUUUUCCAUUGAAGAUCUGUAGAUCAAGUGCUACGCGCAAUGGGUUCUUUUUGCCUCCUAGGAUUCUUCAAGUUCGAGCAAUGGAUGAUGAUGUUGGAGUCUCUUCAUUUCAUGACUGGGGAGACAAUAAUGGAGCAAUCGAAUAUAGGUUCUCAUCAAGUGAAGGUGAAGACAGUGAUGGAGAUAUUAUACUACAGCCAAUCACAGAUGUUGAUUUGCCUACCUCCAAGGAGCAGCUUUAUUCUGCUGACGACUCCGUAACAACUCAACGGCUAACAAUGCUUGGCAGAGCGUACAAGAGAAAAAAGACAAAAUAUGGCAUUCUAAACAACAUAGGUCUCAUAAUGUUCUCGACGGUGCUUCUGUCCCUUGUGGAUUGUUGUGCAUGGAAAAUUGUUAGAUUGCCCCUGGCUCCACUUUACCUGAUGCGUCCCUUUCUCAUCUCCGCAGUGGCAGUGUCUUGUGUAGGUUAUGUCUGUGUCCCGUUAUUUCGUAGUUUAAAACUCCACUCUGUAAUCAGGAAGGAGGGGCCUGCUCGGCACUCUAGUAAGAAAGGAACUGCUACAAUGGGAGGAUUGUAUUUUAUCCCAAUUGGAGUAAUUGUUGCUGAAUUUAUUGUUGGGUUUUCUUCUCUGGAAGUUCUCGGAGCAUCUGCAGCAACUUUAACUUUUGCAGCAAUUGGAUUACUUGAUGAUUUGAUAAGUAUGAGGAACAAUAAUGUUGGCUUAUCCGCUCGAUUUCGAAUCAUAUUGGAGGUAGCUGCUGGGACAUUUUUCUCCUUUUGGCUGUAUGCGUCGGACAUAUCAUCACCCUACAGCAUGAAAACAGUGGUUCCCCUACCCGCACCUCUUGGGCUCAUAUGCCUUGGAAGACUCUAUCCUAUUUUAACUUCAUUUUGCUUUGUUUCCAUGGCUAAUGGAAUUAAUCUUACUGAUGGUCUCGAUGGAUUGGCUGGAGGAACAGCCACAUUGGCGUUCAUUGCAAUGUCGAUAGCAGUGCUUCCUAUAUGUUCUGAGCUUUCCAUAUUUGGAGCAUCUAUGGCAGGAGCCUGUGCAGGUUUUCUUCUGCACAACCGGUACAAAGCAUCAAUAUUUAUGGGUGAUACAGGAGCUUUAGCCUUAGGGGGUGCACUAGCUUCUAUGGCUGCUUGUACAGGGAUGUUCUUUCCAUUGUUCAUCUCAUCUGGUGUUUUUGUCCUGGAAGCGCUAUCAGUUAUACUGCAGGUUUCCUUAUUCAAGACAACAAAAUAUUUCCUAGGAACUGGACACCGCUUGUUUCGAAUGGCACCAUUACAUCAUCACCUUGAAUUAUGCGGAGUUAAAGAACCUGUCAUUGUUGCUGCUGCAUAUGCUUUUUCUUGCAUUUUAGCCUUGAGUGCCGGAUAUGUGGGACUGACUUCAGUAUAACCACAAGUCAUGGAGCAUCUUUGUGACUGCUUUUAAAAUUUCUGACUGCAUAGUUGACAAAUCGGAGUUACUUCCUGCAAAUUUUCUCUUUUACCUUCAAACAGAGAGAAUAGAUUGAGGAAACUGUUUUUUUUUUUCUUUUUCUCUUUUAUAUGUAGUAAUUUUGGUCGGCCUCUGUGACCUAAUUAGCGUUGAAUAGUAAUUAUCCAAAUAUUUGGGAAUCUUUAAAUUAUCCUCAUGUCUUCAUUGUUGUGAAUAUAUUACUGUUUAACA